GUCCUCUUCUCCGCUCUGUAUUUGACACGACAGUAGUACUUCUCAUGUCGCAUGUGCCGCAUGUCAAAGCCAACGAAGUUUAUCGAUAUUUCUUCCGUUGAAAAAUCAUAAAGACCCGAGGCGUUGUGCGAAGGAAAAUGUUCUUCAUAGAAAGAUAUUCGCUAUGGAUGCCUUUGUUCCAACUACUAUUGCUGUCGGUGUGCGAUUCUCAAUCAACUUUAGUACCACAGGUCCAAUUGUAUGUGGAUACAAUUUCACAGAUGAACAACACCGAGUAUGUGCGUGAUGUAAUGCGCCAGGCAAAGUCGGCCGAAAUGCGCAACUACAUGCAACCGGAUGUGAACGCUUGUGAUGAUUUUUUUCAACACGCUUGUGGUAAUUGGGCUAAAAUUAAUCCAACGGAACCACGCAGCUUAUUGGAAACAACAUUUUUUUCUCAAUUGCUUAGCACCUAUGAUAAAAAGCAGUUAAAAGUGCUCAUGGAGGAGAUACAGGAGAAUGAGGAUAAAAUUACCAUAAAGGUGAAAACAUUCUUUAGCGCGUGCCAGCAUGUUGACGAGAGGCAAAAGGAGCGUCACAAAAUGAAGCUAUGGGAGAUUGCUGAGGAGUUCGGUCAGAUGCCAGUACUUUUACCGGAGGGUACAUGGGAAGCCAACAAAUUCGACUGGUUGGCCACCAUUGCGCGUAUACAAAACAAAUAUGGGCUGGAUAUCAUACUCCAAUUAGGAAUGCGAGAAGACUUUGUAAAUAAAACAGUAAAUAAAAUAUUCAUUGGGCAGCCAAAAUUGGCCCUAGAGAGUAGAGCCAUGUAUAAGAGCCUAGCUACUAAAUGGCACCGUGACAAAUAUGAAGAGGAAAUAUCGGAAGCUUUGCAAAAGCAUUUGGAUAUUAAAAAAGAAGUUGCAAAAAGAACAGCGCACGAAAUACUUUAUUUCGAAUCGAGAUUAGCCGAUGGCAUGACAGAUAAACGAUUGACAAGGACACUGAAAUCUAUGGCUGUGUUGCGCACAGUCGACGAAAUGUAUUCAGUCUAUGAAGGCAAUAUAGAUAUACAAACCUAUCUUAAUACUAGUUUAGGACAAGAAUUUAACGGAACAUUUUACGAAUAUCACGUGGAGUAUCAAAAGAACCUUGUGCAGCUGCUUAAGGAGAUCCCCGUAGAGCAAGUAGCAAAUUAUGUUAUGUACCAAUUACUUAAGACUUUCUUUUUUGAUUACCAAGCAACGAAUGGGGCUAAGGAAAAGCUUUGUUUAAAUAAAACCAAACUUUAUUUCUCAAAAGUCCUGGAUAACAUGAUAUUUCGGAAAUUCAACGAUAAGAAUACUGUGGCUGAUAUUAAUCUCAUUUGGCACAAAAUUAAAGAAAUUUUUAAAAGUGAACUUGAAUCGAAUAACUUAAGUUGGAUAUCGUCUACAACACGAAGAUUGGCUUUAGAAAAAUUAGCAAGAAUGAGAAUACAAAUUAAUUCAUAUGAAGAAUCAAAGUUCAAUGAGGAGUACGCAAAUUUACUGCUAAGUCAUACUGAUUAUAUAGAGAAUUUGAAGCAAGUUCUUAUUCAGCAAACUAUACGGGCCUUAGACGCUCUCCGACAACCACCUAGGACAGUAGAAGUGCCCAUAACAUUCUCACUUUCACCCGCCUAUAUUUACAGAGAAAAUUUAAUUAAAAUACCCGUCAUAUUGCUACAACCGAAUUUUCUCUGGUCCGAUCACUAUCCAAAUGCACUGAAAUUUGCCACAAUCGGCUCUUUAUUGGCACACGAACUUAUUCAUGGUUUCGACGAAAUGGGACGUCAUUUCGAUACCGCUGGCAGUGAACAAACUUGGUGGGAUAGCAAUUCCACUGAUGCUUUUAAUGAACGAAAGGGAUGUUUUAAACGCCAAUACUCAUUAUACCGUUACAAUGGCAAUUAUCUACCACCGAAUGAGUUGCAAGCGGAAAAUAUAGCCGACAAUGGGGGCUUACAAUUAGCUUACAAGGCGUAUCAGAAAUGGAUCGUCACUUUAAAUGAUAUCACACCAUUGAAGCGUGAACGUGUCCUGGCCUUGGAAACUUUGCCUAAUCUGAAUUUCACAAGCAAACAACUAUUUUUCCUCGCCUUUGCACAAUUUUGGUGCAACAAUGUGGAUACGCACUUUAGGGACAAAGUUUCAUUGAUAAGUUUACAUGCACCGGCGAAAUAUCGGGUUAUUGGCCCUUUGGCGAAUUUCCAGUCGUUUGCUGAGGAAUUCCAUUGCGACACGGGCACUACAAUGAAUUCAAAACCUAAAUGUAAAAUCUUUUAAUUACCGAAUGUAAUAUGUUCCUUAUAUAUUCUUAUAAUAUAUGUAUACAUAUAUAUACAUAUGUAUGUUUAUGCACCUAUGUACAUAAGUAUAUAUGUAUGAUAUUCGAACUUGUAAGCAUUCAAGCGAAUAGAGAAAUGAAUAAAGGAGAAUUUUCAAUAA